UCUCGCAUGCCGGUUAUGUGAUGUUUAGUUAAUACACGUUCAGUCGUCGAGUGACGGUUCGAUCAGUUUGUAUAUGUUACAGAAUAAUAAUAACCGCUAUGUCACCGAAAAACACGGUUUUAAACUUGCAGUACAAUGAAAUGUGGAACGACUGGGACGGUUUGGCUGAGGAUCAGAAACCGAUGCAAUACGUGCACGGUCGACUGGUGUUGUCUUGGAAAAGACUAAAUGUGUCGGUGAAACGAGUCACGCAAAACUUUUUUAAGCCCUCGAAGACAUCCUACCAACAGAUAUUGAACAACGUCAGUGGAAACGUACAAUGUGGAAACCUUCUAGGAAUAAUGGGACCUAGUGGUUCAGGAAAAACAACAUUACUGGCUACCAUAAGUCACCGAACCAAAGGGAAUUUCGAAGGUGAAUUGUUACUUAAUGGACAACCCGUAACCGAAGAAAUGAUGAUCAAAAUGUCCGGAUUCGUACCACAACACGACAUUAGCUUCGAACAGUUAACAGCUUUAGAACACUUGGUUCUGAUGGCCAAUUUGAAAAUGGAUCGGAAUACGACUAAAGCAGCUGUAAACGAACAUGUGAAUUAUAUAGUCUCUACGUUAGGUAUGAGUAAACUGUUGCACACAAGAAUAUCAGUACUGUCCGGCGGAGAAAGGAAGAAAGUUGCACUUGCCGUUCAAUUACUAAACGACCCACCAAUACUGUUCUGUGAUGAAAUAACAACUGGUCUGGACAGUUACUCGGCUGCUCACAUAGUAAAUACUUUGAGAUGUGUCGCACGUAUGGGUAAAAUCGUGAUAUGCACGAUUCAUCAACCGGCGUCUGGUGUUUUCGGAAAAUUCGAUGACGUAUUAUUGUUAUCAAGCGGAAAAGUGGUGUAUCAGGGUCCCGUUUCUAUGGUCCAUCAGUUAUUUCAUAAGUUUAGUUAUGAUUGCCCGAAUAUGUUCAACGAAGCUGAUUUUAUAAUAUCUAUUCUGAAUUCCGAAAAUGAAAAGGUGAAAGAUAACGUAAACGAAAUGUGUAAGUUAUCCUCAUCUGACUUACAAACAGAUCUCAACUACGAAAUUUUUAAUAAUCAAAAAAAAUUGGAUUAUUUGCAGUAUUCACAAACAAAAAAGCCAACAUGGAAUACUCAGUUUAGAUUGAUUUUGGGCAGAUCUAGUAAAUGUUUCGUAAGAAGUUACCAAAAUAAACUACUGGAAUUGGCAUCUACAUUGUGUUUAAGUUUUCUAAUGUCAGCUCCGUUUGGAAACUUGCGAUUCGAUACAAAAGCAGUACAAAACUGGGAAGGUUUUUGGUUAAACUUUGUUAUUACCACCGUGUUCACUUUCACUUAUUCUGCCGUUACAAAAUUCCAAGAAAGAUUUUCAGUGGUUCACAGAGAAAUUCAUAAUGAAGUAUACUCGUUGAGUGUAUAUUAUGUUUCCGAAUUAAUAAUUGCGGUUGUUUGGAUAAUGAUACGGCUCUCAUUUCUUCUUAUACCUGCAUUUUACCUUGUUGGUGUUCAUUGGAGUGUUAUGCAGUUUGUAGUAUUUUUCAUAUUAGCCUUCGCAGCAUUUUCAUACGGUAGUAUGGUAUCGGCAUGUUUCAGCAAAUUAGAAAUUGGUUUAAUAUUUUCUGCAAUAUAUGAUUUUGUAGCAUUAUCUCUUAGUGGUGCUUAUCUGUCAGUCAUGACUUUACCAAAAUUUUUAUACAUCAUAAGAUACUUUUCGUUAUUCUACCUUGGUUGCGAAACAAUAUCUACUUUAUUUUGGUCCAAAAUAAAAUUUCUACCUUGUACUGAUGUUUCUAAUUGUCUAGACAGCGGGGAAGCCGUUUUAAACAAAUAUGGUUAUGCAAGUGAUGAUUUUUAUUUGGAUCUGAUAAUAUUAAUAUUGUUCAUUGUAGUAGGAAAUGUUUUGGGUUUUUUUGGAGUAUUAAAUAAGUUGAAAGAACAACCAGCUUAUUAAAAUACUUGAAGUUGCCUCUGGUAAAACUAUAUUCAAAUUUUAUUAUUGUCUAAGGUAUUGCAAUAAUUGAACGUCGACAGUUGAACUGGAUAGCUGUAUGAUGAAUUUAGCAGUAUUGGAUGGUCGUUAGUAAGAUAAUAAUAUUAAAGAGUACAUAACUUAUAGGACUUAAAAACAAUAGAAUGAACUAAAAUAUGUACUAAAAACCAAAAUGAGUUCACCUAACACUUUAGUCAUUCUUGUACCUGAUGAUGAAGAAUGACCAUCUUAUUUUGAUUUCCGACAAAUACUGCCACUUAUUCCAAGUUCGACUGCUGUUAACGAUAUAAACACUCUCCUCAAAUCAUCAAAUCUGUGGCGCUAUGUGAAGUAACUUCAGCUGUCAGUAAACAUGGGAGUUACAUCGCUGAAUGAUCCAUCAUCUCAAGAUUUUUCCAAGCAAUUGCUGACUAUUAAUAAUAGCCGUGUUCCUGUCGACGAAGCGAGAAGAUGGAUUUCCUCCGAAUUUUAUGCAAUUUUGUCUCAUCGAAAGGCGAGCUCAUCAACAAAUUAUCCCGAACAUCAUUGUUAACUACAAAAAUAACGAAACGAAUGGUUGAGUGAACGAGAAAUUGUAUAGGUCAGCUAGUGUUAGCUUUUAUAUAUUUUGAAUAAUAUCUAUAAUUAAGGUUUUUAUUAUUUUCUACCA